UUUGUUUCGGCGCGAAAUAGUUUAAUAUCGGUGAGUUUUGGUGUUCAGAGGAGCCCACCGCUGCUCUGCUCUCGCAUUAGCAACUUAGUGAACUUAAUUAGUGAACGGACGCUGAUAUCGCCAAGGUGUUUUUCAACAAAAUGAUUGGACAGAAAACUAUUAACUCGUUUUUUUCGCCUGUCUCGAAAAAGAGGAUUUCUGCGGAUUUAAAUGAAACGGAGAAUGAUGCCAAAGACUCGAAGAAGCCGAAGUCCUCGGCGGCGGAGCCAGAGCUGUCCAGGCCGUCUUCCGCUCCUCUGUCCCCGGAGCAGCUGGACAGGAUCGCCCGUAACAAGAAAGCCGCGCUUGAGAAACUCGCUUCCGCUCAGACGCCUACUGGGUUCGGGGAGAGCUGGAGGAGAGGACUGUCCGCUGAGUUUGGAAAGACGUAUUUCAAACAGCUGAUGAGUUUUGUUUCUGGCGAGAGGGAAAGCCACACAGUGUACCCACCUGAAGAACAUGUCUUCACAUGGACACAGAUGUGUGACGUCAAAGAUGUCAAAGUGGUGAUUCUUGGCCAGGAUCCGUAUCACGGUCCUAAGCAAGCACAUGGAUUGUGCUUCAGUGUUAAAAGACCAGUACCUCCUCCACCAAGUUUGGAGAACAUGUACAAAGAACUGGUCUCGGACAUCGAAGGUUUUCAGCACCCUGGACACGGAGACCUAACCGGAUGGGCCAAACAAGGUGUGUUAUUGCUCAACGCUGUGCUGACGGUCCGAGCGCACCAGGCCAACUCCCACAAAGACAAAGGCUGGGAGACCUUCACUGACGCUGUGGUGCAAUGGCUCAGCAACAGCCGCGAAGGCCUCGUCUUCAUGCUGUGGGGAUCAUAUGCUCAGAAGAAAGGAGCUGCAAUUGAUAGGAAACGCCACCACGUCCUGCAGGCUGUGCAUCCUUCUCCCUUGUCUGCUCAUCGUGGGUUCUUUGGGUGCAGGCAUUUCUCAAAGGCCAAUGAGCUGCUGAAGAAAUCUGGAAAGUCUCCUGUGAACUGGAAGGCACUUUAAGUUGUUAUGAAUGUCAGCUUUUCUAACGUAUGUUGAUUAACUACAGACCAAAACCUACUAAUAAGCUUUUCCCAGUUUCCUGUUUCAGCAACAAUAUGCACAGAGUUUUCUUUAUGGAAGAGUUUGUGCUUUACGUUGAAUGUUCUUGAAAGGCUUUUCCUCAAACUGUUAGGAUAUAUAUUAGUAUCAUCUGCAUUUCUUGUCAGUUUCAACAUUGUAAAUAUGUUUGUGUACACUGUUGGCUUUUUUUUCUUUUAGAACUUUUUUAAAAAACCUUUUUUACUGAAACGUUGGCUACAUUAAAGUGGUUCUAAAAAGUG